AUGAACGUAACGUCGGCUGGUUCGGAUUAUUUUGACGCGAUGUUGUCGCAUGAUAAUUUGGAAAGCAACACAGGAAUUGUGGAUAUGAAGGAAGUCGAUGUUGCAAAUAUCAUGCAAUUGUCAAGAUAUUGUGAAAUGGUCGAAGAAUUUCUCCAAGCAAAUUUAGGUCCCAAAUCUUUCUUCCUAAUCCGAGUCGCAAUAAAGUUCAAUUUGAAGGGUUUAGGGAAAGCCUGUGAUGAAUAUGCUGUCGGUCAUAUUGGAUCAAUAGCAAUAGAAGCGGCAUUCAACAAACUUGAUAAAGAUUAUAUGAUGUUUUUGAUCACCUGUAAAUGGUCAUUGUAUUCAGAGAAUUCCAAACUGAAAGUUCUCUUACAAUGGAUCAAAGCUGAUACUGGUUCACGAGCUAAGUAUUUUAUAGAAAUGGUUCAGAAGCUCCAAAUUGAUAAAAUUUCAAUUAGUUAUGGAUGUCGUUUAGUCAGAAAUCAUUCCUUUUGCUCAAAGUCUGCAGAGUUCAUGAAAUUAUUAUACUUGGCUAAUGAAUCAAAUGUUAAAGAUGAAAAAGUAACUGUUCCUUUGUUCUCCCCCUUAUCAGAUGAUAGUUUAUUACUAUUUGAUAAAAAAUCUGAAUCCGUGCAAGUGUACUGCCCAGUAGAAGAAACAUUCGAUAAGUUGAAACAACUCAAUGAAAACAUGCUGAUUGAUACAUACAUUACAGUUUAUUUGAAUAAAUUUGUUUUUGUUCUUUUUCCAUAUAGAAAGGUUUAUCGUGUCAAUUUAGGAGAAGCCGAUUCGAAUUGGACUGAGAUGGAGAGUAUGAUGAAUGAUCAUGGACAAUAUAUUAGAGCUACAGUUCAUAACAACUUCAUUUAUGUGUGUGGAAAUAACACUAUGGAGCGAUACAACAACAAUGAAAACAAGUGGGAGAAUGUUGAGAGUUCUAGUAUCAAACCUAAUGGAAGGGUAUUAGUUCCAUUUCAAGAUGAGAUUUAUGUCAUUGGAGGCGAUUAUAGAGGUGAAAAAGUUGAUAAAUAUUCUCCAUCUGUAGGAUCUUGGUCAUCUGUGAAACCAAUGAAUGUUGCCAAAGGAAUUCCUGCUGCAGCCGUAUAUGAUGAUCGAAUCUAUAUUGCUGGUGGGUGGAAUAAGUCCGUUCUAUCAAGUGCUGAAUUCUUCAAUCCAGAUGAUAAUACUUGGACAAAUGUGACUUCGAUGACAGUUCCAAAGUUUAAAGGUUUAAUUUCAGUCUUUGUGUUGUCAACAACAACUUGUUUGCUGUUGGAAAUAUAUCUGGAUCUUAUUCUAUUGAAAAGUACGAUCUUGAUAAAAAUCAAUGGGAGAAAGUGA